CUGCGAUGGUCAAAAGGUCCACACUUGCAGCACUCAGAGGACCGGCAGCCGGCGGCUCUCCAGCCCAUCAGUCCUACAUGACAAGAGCAGAGGUGGUUUGCAUGGGCAGAAUGUGCCAGAAUCCUUGAAGAUAAACCAAAGGCCUUGGACGAUAUCUGAUCUCCUUUGACUGUUGUACAUUCACCUGGUGCCAUGGCUGGUCUUGUAACAGCUGAAGUAAUGCUGCUGAAGUGCACAUUGCUCUUUCUAUACCUGAGUGUCUGCUUGUGCCAGCGUGACUGCACCGGUGUGGACUGUCCCCUGCUGGACAAUUGUAUUGAAGAAGUGCUGGAGAGUGGCUCCUGUUGCGCUUCCUGCUUACAAAAAGGAUGUACAUGUGAAGGUUACCAAUACUAUGAUUGCAUCAAUGCUGGAUUCAAGAAUGGGAAGGUGCCGGAGGGGGACUCUUACUUUGUCGACUAUGGCAGCACAGAGUGCGCUUGCCCCAGGGGAGGGGGUCGGAUCAGCUGCCACUUCAUCAGCUGUCCUGAUAUUCCGCCAAACUGCAUAGAGGUUUUGGAGCCUGCAGACGGCUGCAUGCAGUGUGAACGCAUAGGAUGCGUCAAUGGUGGGCAAAAGUAUGAGGCUGGACACUCCUUCCACAUUGACUCCUGCCGGGUCUGCCACUGCCCCAAUGAAGGGGGGAAGCUGAUGUGCUACCAGGUACCUGACUGUGACCCGGACAAAGUCCAUAAACCCAUGUUAGCUGCACCCACAGAUGUCAUGGCCAACAGGCGUGACAGUUACCCUUACAGGUUUGACAAACUAGGCCACAUGGAUCCAUUCUCCACAACAUAUCACCUUCCACCUAAUGGGAAUCUUCCUCUCUUUAAAUCUCCGCCAUCGGAUAAGGAGGAGCCAGAUUAUGAUUAUGGUCCUACAGACUUCCCAGAGACCUAUCCUCAAUCUCUAGUCUUCCCCACCCAGUCUUCUUCCCUCAGCAGGGGCAUUGCUGUGUCCAGAGGCUCUGACAGACCUGACAGAACCUCUGCCUUUCAAAGCUUUGACAGACGAAGCAAGCUGGAGCUGAGAGAGCAAUAUGGAGUUCGUGACCAUCCUGCAGAAAAAGAGGAAGUGACAGAGAGCCCUCUGAGAGUAGAGCGCAGCACUGUCAGGCCUCAUAUGCAUGAGGAUGCCACUACUUCUUGGCAGCACUCACAGGUUUUAACAAGUGUGCAAAGUGUCUCAUUCGGUGAUCUGAGUACACAGACAGAUUUAGAAAAUCCUUUGGAUGCACACAAAAGUUUGGGUACUGUCAUAUUUCCACUAACCCAUGAUUUAGACAGUGAAAAACACCCUGAGUAUCCACAUAUGAGUUCAGAGACUGCAAUUGAUCAUCAGAGAAGCUCAAAGACUAAAACACAUCAACAAAAUGCAUCAGAUAUUGUGACAGUCAGAGGUUCUGAGAUUCAGAUCAGUGUUAGUCCUCCAGCAAGAGGUACAGAGAGUCAAAUCAAUCAGCAGAGACCAUCAGAUAGAGUGAAUUUUCCCUUGUACAUGCUGAGAAGCCAAGAAACUCCAAUCCAUCCUGAGGCAAGUUCAAAUGGUCAGAUACAAUUACAGGGGACAGUCACACCGCAUGAUGAGGAAAGACUGGAUGAAGAAAAGAUGGAAGAGGAAGAAAUAGUAACUUUGCAGAAUGUCACUGGGCCUGAGGAAGGGGAUGUGCCCUACAAUAUCGAGUCAGAACAACAGGAGAGAGGCCAUGAGGAGUCAGAUAGCAGCGUUCCGGCUGGCAGCUAUGAAACGACCACACCCAAGCCCAGCACCAGCUCCCCCAGGUGGCCUGAGCAUUCGUCAACUCCCAUGGUCCAUUUUAUUACCACCACCCAGCCACCGGUAAGGGUCAGGCUACAUGAGAGUAAGCCCAGCAGAAAGCCAGGUCAGAGUCUGGUUAACCUUCACAGUGAAAACCAGGAAGAGGUCAAGGAAGAGGUGACAGAGAAAGAGGAAGAGAGGAAAGAUCGUCCUGUUGUACUCGACAAACCUGAUGGAAGUCCAGGUGUCUACGCGGAAGACCUGCUGCAAAGCUGCUGUGCUAAUGGCCAGAGAUGGGCCACAGAAAAUCACCACUGCAACCACAUGCCUCUGCUGAACAAUGACAAGCACUCUAUAUGCAGUGUUGCACAGAAGCAGUGCUGCCUCAGCUCAAUUAAGGAGAACCAGUGUGAAUCAGGCAUAACUUCAGCCAGAGGAGGAGACACCUGUGAAGUGUCUCAGGAGGACCAGUGCACAGAUGACUCCUACCAGGUGUGCUGCAGCUGCUGUGCCCUCGGCAUACGUGUACGCAGUGAAGGACGUGGUUGCAAUGCCCACCAGUACCUGGGAUACCCGUGCGGACAUGUCUUCCUCACAUGCUGUGAGGAAGAGGAAGGUCCAAGCCAGCUCCCGCUGAGGAGAAAGCAGAAGCCCAGACCAACUGCUAUACCUAGAAAAGUCUCAGACAGCAAGUUCCCCAAGGAGGCCUUCUCCAUCAGUGCCACAGAUGAAGCUGCCAACGCAGUGGUGGAGCAGGACGAUGUGGAUGAGUGUCAGCUCUACCCGGGCCAGCUGUGCCAGCACACAUGCACCAACAUCUGGGGCUCCUACCGCUGUGGCUGCCACCCAGGCUACAUCCUGCAGCCGGACGGACACUUCUGUGCACCAGUGAGUCCUGACGAGGACAACAGAGUGAGAGAAGAGGACAGCCUUGCUGUGAUCCCAACACAAACCACUCCAACCAGCACUACAACCAGCACAUUCACCAUCAGCCCUGUCCACCUCAAUCCCUGUGCAGAAAAUGGUCCUUGCAGUCAGCAGUGUACAGUGGUGGCAGGCCGGGCUCACUGCUCCUGCUUCCCAGGGUUCUCGCUAAUGACAGAUGGACGCAUGUGUGAAGAUGUGGACGAGUGCGUGACCAACACCCACAGUUGUCGACCCAGCGAGCGCUGUGUGAACACAGUGGGUUCAUUUGUAUGCGAGCUGCAGGUCACUUGCCCUGCAGGCCACCAGCUGAGGAACAGUGUUUGUGAGGACAUUGAUGAAUGUGUUCUGCGAACCCAUAACUGUGGUACGGGCUUGGUGUGUGAGAAUACAGUGGGCUCUUUCCUGUGUAAUCCCAAAAACAAGUGCAUGACCGGGUUCACACAGGACUCCCAUGGCAACUGUAUAGACAUAAAUGAGUGCAGCAGCCUGAGUGAGCCAUGUAGCUCAGGUUUUAACUGUAUCAACACAGUGGGUUCCUACACCUGCCAGCAGAAGACCAUCAUGUGCAGCCACGGCUACCACGCCAGCCCCGAUGGAUCCAAAUGUGUCGACAUUGAUGAGUGUCAGAUGGGGACACACCGCUGUGGAGCGGGCAAGAUCUGUCACAACCUCGUUGGCAGCUACCGCUGUGACUGUCAGACGGGCUACCAGUAUGAUGCCCUGCGCAAAGUCUGCACCGAUGUAAAUGAGUGCUGGCGCUAUCCUGGCAGACUGUGCGCCCAGACCUGUGAAAACACCCCAGGCUCCUACCACUGCUCAUGCACAGCCGGCUUCUCCCUAGCAUUUGAUGGCAAGAACUGUGAAGAUGUGAAUGAAUGUGACAAAAACCCUUGUAGCCAGGAGUGCGCCAACAUUUAUGGCUCAUAUCAGUGCUACUGUCGGCAAGGCUACUACUUGAAAGAGGAUGGACACACUUGUGAAGAUAUUGACGAGUGCUCCCAGAGCAUCGGGAAUCUUUGUACCUUCCAGUGUGUGAAUGUUGCUGGCAGCUACCAGUGUGCCUGUCCCUCUCAUGGAUAUGUCAUGUCCGCCAACGGACGCACCUGCAGAGAUAUUGAUGAGUGCACAACCGGCACACACAACUGCUCAUAUGGACAGAACUGCUAUAACCUGCAAGGAGGCUUUAAAUGUCUCUCCUUUGACUGCCCUCACAACUACAAGAAGGUGUCAGACACACGCUGUGAGCGGAUCAGCUGUCCCAGCAACUCCUUAGAUUGUCAGAACUCCCCCGUUCGCAUCACAUACUACCAGCUCAGCUUCCAGACCAACAUCAUCAUUCCUGCACAGAUCUUCCGAAUAGGACCUUCCCCCGCCUACUCGGGUGACCACAUAGUCAUCAGCAUCAUUAAGGGCAACGAGGAGGGCUACUUCAGCACCCGCAAGCUGAACAGCUUCACAGGCGCUGUCUACCUGAAGAGACAAGUCCGAGAGCCCAAAGACUUCCUGAUAGAUGUUGAGAUGAAGCUGCUCAGGCAGGGGACAUUCACCUCGUUCCUCGCCAGGAUCUAUGUCUUCAUCACAUCCAGCACUAUGUAACAGCAGAGAGAAACAGAGAAGGACUGGACAUUUCAUAUGGUGCUAAACUUUCAUAUGUGCAGACUGCCCUCCAACAAUCAAGCAUUAAUCGAGAAAAUUGUAAAAUGUUGCCAAAGAACUUGCUGUUUGCUUUUCUGUCUCAGUCUUUGGCAGGUUGGUGAUUCAAUCAAGCUGUCAGACAUUUUGCAGACUUUAAUGACAAUCAUAUUUUGUGACAAACUUUGUAUUUGUAUUUACCAAAGUAUUUUUCAGCUUGACUCUUGCUAACAUAAUUAAGCUUUUAUGCACCACCGUUGUUAGGGUUGACUCAGGCAGUUUGUUUGUAUGGAUAGUGGCAAGGUGCUGCAGGGGUCACUGCACAAGUCUGAGCUGGUGGUUUGUGCUCUGCUUUACUCUCUUUUAGACUCUUGUUCUUUGACCUCCCCCUAUGUAAAUGUUAAUUUUCAUGAGAAUUAUUCAUGAAAAUGUCGGAAGAAACCUUUGCAGCACUAGAAGUUAAGGGCACUUGUCUCAUAAGGAGCCCCGAAGCUGACAAAAUGUACUAAAAGCCUAUCAGACGAGUCAAAACUCAACUGAACUGAAUACAUCAAACAAUAAAAUUGUUAGUUAAAUAAUUAAAAUGGAGUGUAAAAGGAAAUAGAAAGCCUUUUCCUUUAACCUCCAAACAGUUGGUAAAAAAAGAAAAUGCUUUUUUCCCUUAACCACCAAUCAGUGGAUAAAAUAAAUUAAAACUUCAUUUAUUUUGCUCUAUUAAAUAUAUUUUUCUCUAGCUCAUUUUAUUUUUAAACUA